UGUUAAUAUAUAUUCGUAGGUAGGUAGCUGGUAAUUUCCCUCGAUUUUGCUUCGUAUAUGGAACGUUGUAUCAGAACAAUUUCUCAAAGCAGAUUCUCGGCUUCAAGGACCAGAGCCAACUUUGGGCAUCACAUAGUCGUUUAGCAAGGUACUUGAACAAGUCGGCAGGUCUUGGCCCAUACGCAAUUCCCAGGGAAACUAUAUUACAAAGAUGCCGAACAACAAGACAGUCAAGGUCGGGGUUUUCAUCCCGACCGAGUGCCAGCUCCUCGACAUGGCCUGCGUCGACGUCUUGGCGUCGAUGUCCCAGGAGUAUCUCAGCUUGCUGCCCAUGUUGCCAAAGCAUAUCCCAGCGCUGGCGCCCAGCAUGAGUUUCUUCUACAUCACGGCCCCGGCUACGGCCAGCGGCGAGAGCACCGAGCCGCACUCUCUGGGUCUCUUACAACUCACAGCGGGCGCCAAGAUUCAAGCCACGCACGACAUCUCGCACCCGGACGUGCAGCCAGGCAAGCUGGACAUCCUUCUCGUCCCCGGCCCGGAGCCGAGUACAGACUGGGACGAAGACGUGCUCGGGUUUCUCAAGGAUCACGCUGAGCAGAGGGAAACGACGGAUGUGUUGAGCAUCUGUACGGGCGUCUUCCUGUGCGGCGCCGCGGGGGUGUUGGAGGGGAAGAUGGUUUGUGGGCCGAGAGGUUUCCAGGACGUGUUGAGAAAGAGGUUUCCCGGAGCCGAGUUCGUAGGGGAGAAGUAUCGAUGGUUCCAGGACGGGAACUUUUGGAGUUGCGGCGGCAUCACGAACGGCAACGACCUCGUCGCGGCGUACGCGCGAAACAGCAAGAAACACUUCCCCCCAGCGAUUGCUGAGAUUGGGUGUCAGAUGACCGACGUCGGGGACAGGCCGCAGUUGUACGAGCAAGGGCAGACAAUGUUCUUCAUGGGGUUUCUGUGGCAGAUUGUCAAGGCUUGGUUCGGGAAGCCGAGCAAGGGGACGCAGAGAAAGAACAUCUAGAAUAGAAUGGAAGGCUUUAUGAGUGAGUCAGAGAGACGACGAACUCAAACUUGGAGCUGGGCAGGUGGCGGUGUUGUAUUUCAAGGUACCUGCCAUCAGGUAAUCAAUCGACUCGUUGUGCCAACUGUAACAUGGCAGCUGGAAAAGUGCAAAAAGGAUGUAAAUAUCACGGUCAAAUUCACUCGAGGAAAAAAGAGGCGAUUCAAGAAAACCAAUCGCGAAAGUGGUCCCAGGCAGCAGCUGCACCUCGAUUCUGUUCUCCG